UGUCGUGCGUGCUUUCCUCCUCCCGCGCCCCUGUCACCGCUCCCUCGCACGCCUCCUCCACGCGGCGGACCCUCCUCAGGCGUUGUUUGGGCGACCCGCUCGCCGUCGUUUGUCUUCGUGCUUUCCUGUGACUUUCGCUUGCAAUGCGCCUCUGUGAGACCCCUUGGAGUACGUCUGACUUCCCCUUUUGAGUUACCUCGCUGUUACCGAAUACAAGCCUGGCGGGCAAAACCAUGGAUCAGACGAGAAACAGGCCGAGCAGGCCGCGACUGCGGUCCUACGGCAAUUCCACUAAGGUGCUCGUGUUUGAUCAGAGCGAGGCUGGAGAAACUGUUAACGUGGAAACGGAAAUGCAGAAACGUCCAGUACUGCCAAAAUUGGAAAGCAAGGAGGCUUCAGUUCGGCCCGAGACUGUGUUGGGCAUAUUUUUAUUUCGAGACACUUCUGGCAGAGGACGAGGAAUGUCGGCAGUGCUUUCGACAAUUUCGCAGCUUGUGCACGACCCUUUUAUUGCCGAUGGAGGGUAUUGUCAGCGACAGUGCCAAAAGUAUACAAAGUAUUGUCGACCGCGACACGAACGUUGCGCGGAAGUACGGAUACGCGGGAGGUCAUCGAUGGAAUGCGAUCAGCGCCGCGGAGAUAUUCGAGCCUGUGCUCGCUUACUGGGAAAAGCGCAUGGACAGUUGGACACCGACAAGAGCACGCUCGAGCGUUUGCUCGACACUGGCGUCUUGCUGGAACUAAUGAAUUUGUACACAUGAACAGAGAUGAAUUUUACUCCACGCACGUGUCGGUCAAAUGCAAGUCGUGCCUGGGCAAACUCUGUACAGUUAAGAGGGACUUGUACAACGCCGUGGUGAUGAAAUGCAGAUUCGUCAGUCUAGUAUUUGCAUCUCUCGACUCGACGGAGUCGAACCGAGCCCUACAGAUUCUGAGAGCUUCAGGUAUCUUGAGAAUAUUAUCUCUGGACAACUGGACGACUGCGAGGUGAAGCUGCAAGGUCUCGAGCACAGUAGCAGAAGUGUGAUCAUUACUUAUUAAUGUAAUAUUACUUCUAGAUUUUUAAUAUCAUUAAUAAUAAUAGUAUAUU